CAGAAAAGAGAGAUCGGCAGCACAGUUUCGUGGCACAGGUUCGCCGAUCACACACUCUACACUCUCUAUACAACCAUUUGCUUUUACCAUCUCGAGCGACACUUACACACUACCACAGACAUUAUCACCAAGCGUCAAUAUAACCCGUCUAUAUAAUUAGUCGAGAUCUUAGUCCCACUAAGUCCAAGUCUAAGUCUAAGUUUCGAAAGAAAACGCUUAUUUCAAAGAUACCUCUUUCGGUUCAGACGGAUUGAUCAUCAGGAUCACCUGGCUGAUCAGUGUCCAGUGAUAUGACAGUGGAUUGAUUCUGUGGAUUAUUGUUUUAUCGUUUAGUUUAUUGCUAUUUGCUAGUUGCUGGCUGGUAAUUUUCUUUUUUGUGUGUCGUUUAAGUGCAACCGAGUGCUCAUGUUUCAUGAUCAUCAUCUGUUUGCGUAACAAUAUGGUCAAUGAAAUGGGAUCGAACUCGAGUAUCAGGGGGAUAGUAACCAUCGUCCUGUUGAAUUUGACAUUAUUGCAAGCUCACCGUGAACAUAAGGUCCACAACAUAGUUCUCUAUCCAGACAAGCACAGUUGGUGCAAAACAACUCCGAUAAAGCAGGUAGUGACUUGGCCGCAGUGUUCGUCCCAAGAAUUGGACAACAAUGUCUGUGUUGGAGCCUGCUUUUCAUAUAUGGUUCCUCACAGUGAACCCUCCGCCCCCGGGGACCUGAUAAGGCCCUACUGCGACUCAUGUCAGCCACUUGACAGCGUUUGGCAUACGGUGACCUUGAACUGCAAGGACGAAGACAACAACCCAACGACGAUGCUGAAGAAGGUCCAAAUAAUAACAAACUGCUCGUGCAGUUCUUGCAUGGAAACAUCGAAGAUCAAGCCUGACUAUAACACUCUCCUUCAUUCACUAGCUGAUGAUACCAUCGAGGAAAACGUGAACCACGUCCAUGAAACCCCGGACCUGCUCCUGAACCCGAAUCUCAACUCCUCGAGGAACGUCACCAAGGACGGAGUCGAAGCCAAUGAGAGGUUUAUGCAGUAUUUCAAGCUGCUGAAGGACUCUGAGAAGCUGGACGAGGCAAACGCCAAAGAGCUGCUCGCAAAGCUCGAGGAUAACAUGGACCUGGAGAACCUGCGCGAGCUCCUGAAGAAAUACAGCCUGGAGGAGCACCACAAGCACCACCACCACAAGAUCGUCGUUGAAGAGAACCACGAGGAAGAAACGGGCUCUGCUGGUGAUUCGGGUCCAGAAGCUCAUCGGGAGGCUGACCCAGAUCCGGAGAUCGAAAGCGAAAACCAUCAUCAUAGUAGUCAUCAUAUAGGGCCGCAUCACUCAAUUGUUCUCGAGCCAGAUGUUAAAGAGAAAAUUGACGUAGAACCUCAUUACUUGCAUCCCGCGGUUGCGGGCCAGGAAAUUAGUUAUCAUGACAAUGUUCUAGUGGACAAGACUAAGGAAAAGAAAGAUUUCUAGAGUUAGAUAAGGGAGAAGUUGAUUUUUUAGGGGAUAGUACAAAAGAAUUGGUUGAGUGUCGUGGAAAUUAGGUUGAAGAGGAGAAAGAGAUCGGUUUUCUCCAAGAAGUUUGCUAGUGAAUGGAUGAAGACAAAAUUUAUU